AGUGUGUGCGCUGGGAGCGCUGUCUGCUGCUGCAAGGAGAAGAGGACAUGGCGCAUGUGAGGGCGCCCCCAAUAAUUCCUCCGCCGCAGGCCGCAGCCAGUACUCCCACCUCUCCCCCCUUCCCCACACCCUGCGUGAUGACGGACCUCCAUCCAUCCAUUCCACUCCACUCCGACCUCGCUGCGUCCAGCUCCUGCGCCCUUGUUCCCAUGCGCCGCAAGAAGCCCGCCCCCGCGGCCCCAAAGAAUCUUUCUUUCUCUUUCCUGACCUCACCUUACCUCAUCUCUCCCCGCCUUUCUUUAUCUCUCCCUGUCACACGCGCUCUCUCUCCUUCUCCAGCUCCAGGGAGUGAAGCGAGGUCGCGCUCUGAGGUGAGCCAUGGCACGGGGAGGCGGAGCUCGCGUCGUCGUGGUGGCGGCCGCUCUGCUCCUCCUGCUUCUCGCAGGAGGCCACGGUGGUGGCGUGCAUUGCCUGAGGUCAAGAGCAGAGAGCGGCGCCACGGUACUGGAGCUGCGGCACCACAGCAGCAGCAGCAGCUUGGGCUCAGGGCCAAGCUUGAAGAGGAGAGGAGCCUCCGACGCCGGCGGCCUCCUGGCCUCCGACGCCGCGAGGGUCUCGUGGCUGCAGCGGCGCAUCGAUAGCUACGGGAAGCUGCGGACCAGGUCCUCGGACACGGCGGCGGCGGCGGAGUCGAAGCUGGCGCAGGUGCCCGUCACCUCGGGCGCCAGGCUCCGGACGCUCAACUACGUGGCCACCGUGGGCAUCGGCGGCCGCGAGGCGACGGUGGUCGUGGACACGGCGAGCGAGCUGACCUGGGUGCAGUGCGCGCCCUGCGACGCCUGCCACGACCAGCAGGACCCGCUCUUCGACCCCGCCGCGUCGCCCUCCUACGCCGCCGUGCCCUGCAACUCCUCCUCCUGCGACGCGCUGCAGCUGGCCACCGGGAUGUCCGGCCAGCCGUGCGGCGGCGCCGACGGCCGCCCGGCCGCCUGCAGCUACGCCCUCAGCUACCGCGACGGCUCCUACUCCCGCGGCGUCCUGGCGCACGACAAGCUGAGCCUGGCCGGGGAGGACGUCGAGGGGUUCGUGUUCGGCUGCGGCACCAGCAACCAGGGCCCGUUCGGCGGCACGGCCGGGCUCAUGGGGCUCGGCAGGAGCCAGCUCUCGCUGGUGUCACAAACCAUGGACCGCUUCGGCGGCGUCUUCUCCUACUGCCUGCCUCUCAAGGAGUCCGGCUCGUCGGGAUCGCUCGUCCUCGGCGACGACUCGUCCUCGGUGUACCGGAACUCCACACCGAUAGUGUACACCUCCAUGCUCUCCGACCCAGCGCAAGGGCCCUUCUACUUCCUCAACAUGACAGGCAUCACCGUCGGCGGCCAGGACGUGGAAUCACCAGGGUCCUUCUCUUCCGGUAAGGUCAUCAUCGACUCUGGGACGAUCAUCACGAGCCUCCUGCCGUCCGUGUACAACGCGGUCAGGGCCGAGUUCUUGAGCCAGCUCGCAGAGUACCCGCAAGCGCCGCCUUUCUCCAUCCUCGACACAUGCUUCAACCUGACGGGGCUGAACGAGGUGCAGGUUCCUAGCCUGAAAUUCGUGUUUGAAGGUAAUGUGGAGGUGGAGGUGGACUCCAAGGGCGUGCUCUACUUCGUCAGCACUGAUUCUUCUCAGGUGUGCCUGGCCCUGGCCUCCCUGAAAUCCGAGUAUGACACUUCCAUUAUCGGUAAUUACCAGCAGAAGAACCUCAGAGUCGUAUUUGACACCCUAGGGUCGAGGAUUGGGUUUGCGCAAGAGACUUGUGAUUAUAUUUGACAUGCAUUAUAUUGGGAGGGGGCCAUGAGCGGUGUGAAUAUCAUCCUAUACUUGGGGAAUUUGUUUUGGGAUCACCUCUGGUGAUUGGCAAUUGGCAAUACAGUAUUUAGUUAUUGGCAAUCA